AAAAGUUUUGAUGGAUUAUGUUUGGUGAUGCUAGCUAGCAACUGUUGGCGUGAGAUCAGCUGAUCGUCACCACCACAGCCACCAUAGUAACGAAAGCUUCACGUCAUGGCAAAUAAACGGUGUAAAAUAAGAUCGCCCGAUUAUUGAGGAAUAAAGAGGCUUAUAUGAGAGCUUCGCCUGAGAAGUAACAAUGUCUUCCCUCUAAGGAUGGGAGGAAGUGCAUCCAAAGCCAAAGGUGUGUGGCCUUUCUCAGGCAGUGGAGCUGCAGGUGAUUCUACCUGUGAAGCCAAUGAGCAGACAUUGGCCCGCCUCAAAUGUUCCAGUAUUGCCACACCUUUUGUCUUUACCAGGAGAAGCUCGCUAUACUACGACGAGGAUGGCGACCUCGCCCACGAAUUUUACGAAGAGAUGGUGGUGACGAAAAAUGGCAGGAAAAAGUCCAAAUUGAAGAGGAUCCAAAAGAAUCUGAUUCCACAGGGAAUUGUAAAGCUCGACCAUCCCUGCAUCCAUGUGGACUUCCCCAUCAUCCUCUCUGAGGUGUGAUGCUUUUUCUCUCACAUAUCAAGUACUCCUACUCUACUGAAGAGCGCAGGACUAACUUGUCUUACUUUGGGACAUUUAACAUCAAAUAUUGUCAUCAUAAUGUAUACAAAUAUGAUAUAAUUCACGCGCGCAUACUCUUGAAGGAGCUAGCUAGCCUUGCCAACAUAUCAAAUAUUGUCACCUUAGUGAAUAAUAAUAUUAAUAUCAUUCACACACACAUAGUCAUGGAGGAGCUAGCUAGCUUUGCCAAAACGUCAAAUAUAGUUAUCAAAAGGAAUAAUAGUAUCAUUUACAAACACAUCGUCAUGGAGAAGCUAGCUAGCUUUGCCAAAACGUCAACAUUAUUAAAAUGAAUAAUAAUGUUAAUGAUAUCAUUCACACACACAGGUAGUAAUGGAGGAGCUAGCAAGCUUUGUCAACAAAACAAAUAUUGUCAUAAAGAACAAUAAUAAUAUCAUUCACACACACGUAGUCAUGGAAGAGCGAGCUAGCGUUGCCAACACAACAAAUAUCAUAACGAACAAUAAUACACACGUGGUCUUGGAGGAGCUAGCUAGCUUUGCCAAAGCGUCAAAUAUUGUUGUCAAAAGGAAUAACAUUAUUCACACACACACAUAGUCGUGGAGGAGCUAACUAUCUUUGCCAACAUGUCAAAUUUGGCAUCAUAAUGAGCAUUGAACAGCAACAAUGAUAGUAAUAGUUGUGGAGAAACUAGCCAGCUUUGCCCAAAGUUGAACAUUGUCAUAAUGAACAAUGAUAAUGAUAUCUUUCACACACAUAGUCAUGGAGGAGCAAGCAAGCUUUGCCAACAUGUCAAAUAUUGUCAUCAUAAUGAACGAUAAUAACAUAAUAAUGAUAAUAAUCAUGUAGUUAUGUAGAAGAUAGCUAGCUUUGCCAACGUGUCAAAUAUUGUCAUCAUAAAUCAUAAUGAACAAUAACAACAACAUAAUAAUAAUAAUAACAAUAAUAAUUGAUGAAAAUAAUCAUGUAGUCAUGGAGGAGCUAGCUAGCUUUGCCAACACGUCAAGUAUUGUCAUCAUAGUGAACAAUAUUAAUAAUUAUACCAUUCACACAUAGUCAUGGAGGAGCUAGCUAGCUUUGCCAACACGUCAAGUAUUGUCAUCAUAGUGAACAAUAUUAAUAAUUAUAUCAUUCACUCAUAGUCAUGGAGGAGCUAGCUAGCGUUACCAACACGUGCGUGCGUUGCUUUUCUCUCUGAUGUUGUGGCAACAACAAAAAGGACUUUUAGGGCCACGGGGAAAAUAAACAAAAAUGCCAGGAAUGAAUAUACAUUCGUUGUCAAAAGUUUACAUACACUUGUUAAGGACAUAAUGUCAUGGCUGACUUGAGUUUCCAAUCAUUUCUACAACUCUCAUUUUUUUUGUGAUAGAGUGAUUGGAGCACAUACUUGUUUGUCACAAAAAACAUUCAUGAAGUUUGGUUCUUUUAAGAAUUUAUUAUGGGUCUAUUGAAAAUGUGACCAAAUCUGCUGGGUCAAAAGUAUACAUACAGCAACAUACAUGGUCAAUUUUGGUGAUGUAGAAAAGUUACAAUCAAAUCAAAUUAGCUUCAUGGCAUGGCCUCUAACCUUCAUGUGAGUGAUUAUGAUUGAGGACACCUGUUGACUUCUCUGAGCCCAUUUAAAUAGGGCUCAUGUGAUGCAGUCAUUAGACUCGGUUACAAACACGACAAUGGGAAAGUCAAAGGAACUCAGCACAGAUCUGAAAAAACGAAUCAUUGACUUAAACAAGUCAGGAAAGUCACUUGGAGCCAUUUCAGAGCAGCUUAAGGUCCCAAGAGCAACUGUGCAGACAAAUGUUCGUAAGUAUAAAGUGCAUGGCACAGUUUUGUCACUGCCACGAUCAAGAAGAAAAUGCAAGCUAUCACCUGCUGCUGAGAGAAAAUGGGUCAGGAUGAUCAAGAGUCAACCGAGAACCACCAAAAAGCACGUCUGCAAUGAAUUGGAAGCCUCUCGAACACAGGUGUCAGUGUCCACUGUCAAGCGUGUUUUGCAUUGACAUGGACUGAGAGGCUACCAUGCAAGAAGGAAGCCCUUGCUCCAGAAGCGACACCUUAAGGCUAGUCUAAAGUUUGCUGCUGAUCACAUGGACAAACAUAUGACCUUCUGGAGGAAAGUUCUGUGGUCAGAUGAAACAUAAACUGAGCUGUUUGGCCACAAUACCCAGCAAUAUUUUUGGAGGAGAAAAGGUGAGGCCUUUAAUCCCAGGAAUACCAUGCCUACAGUCAAGCAUGGUGGUGGUAGUAUUAUGCUCUGGGCCUGUUUUGCUGCCAGUGGAACUGGUGCUUUACAGAGAGUAAAUGGGACAAUGAAAAAGGAGGAUUACCUCCAAAUUCUGGAAUGGCUAAAUCAGGCUAGAAUUCAGAUUUUAUAAUGGCCUUCCCAAAGUUCUGACUUAAAUGCCAUUGAGAACAUGUGGACAAUGCUGAAUAAACAAGUCCAUGUCAGAAAACCAACAAAUUUAGCCGAACUGCACCAAUUUUGUCAAGAGGAGUGGUCAAAAAUUCUAGAAGCUUGUGGAUGGCUACCCAGAGCGCCCUAUUGCAGUGAAACUUGCCGAGGGACAUGUAACCAAAUAAUAAAAUUGCUGUAUGUAUACUUUUGACCCAGCAGAUUUGGUCACAUUUUCAGUAGACCUAUAAUAAAUUCAUAAAAGAACCUAAUUUCAUGAAUGUUUUUUGUGACAAACAAGUAUGUGCUCCAAUCACUCUAUCACAAAAAAAUAGAAUGAUUGUAAACUUUUGACCACGACUGUGUAUAUACCUGUGGUAUUAUGAGAAAAGUGCUCUUUUUUUGAUGCAAUUAAUAAUAUUGUGAGAAUGUCAUAAGAGUCAAAUGACAACAUUUUCAUUCUCAAAAUAUUUGUAUCUUCUCAACCAAUUUUUUUCUUUAAUAUAUUUUUCUCUCGUAAAAUUAAAAUGUUUGUCUUGUAAUAUUACAUAAUUUAAUUAACUUAAUUUCAUUAUCUUCAUCCCUGUAAUAUUAUGAAGUUUUUCUUAUAAAUAUAUAAUUUUCUUUUCAUUGUAAUAUUACAUCGAUAUUGUAAUAAACUAUAUUUAUUGUGUAAUUUUCUACUUUAUUUUUAUAUAUCAUUACCAUAGAAAUAUGACUUUUAAAAAAUGGUAUACUACACUUAUUUCUGAAAUAUGAGAAGUGUUAGUACCAUAAAAAUAUUUCUUGUAGUUUACUACUUUAUUUUGGUAAUAUUUUCAAUAAAAUGUGUCAUGUUUCAUGUAAUAUUGCAAUAUUGUUAUGUCUUGUUGUUAUUUGUCUUUAUUUACUGUGGUCCUAAAACUUAUUUGUACAGAAAUACAGUUUAUAAGUAAGUGUAUGCCUUUUGUGGAAUGUGGAAUUGUAGCAACGUUGUGUGUGUGUGUGUGUGUGUGUGUGUGUGUGUGUGUGUGUGUGUGUGUGUGUGUGUGUGUGUGUGUGUGUGUGUGUGUGUGUGUGUGUGUGUGUGUGUGUGUGUGUGUGUGUGUGUGUGUGUGUGUGUGUGUGUGUGUGUGUGUGUGUGCAAAUGGGUUGUGUAGUUCCAGGAUAAUUGUACGUAAAAUACAUUUUGUGUGUGUCAGCCUUCUCAAUCACGUUUGCUCGGACCUGCACUAGUGAACUUGAUGCACUGUACAUAUUUGACAUAAUCGUUGGAAAUACUUGAAUAAAUGAUUUACUGAGCUCAAUGUCUCCAGUCAGGACAGUUUUUCUUCAGAUGUUUGAAGUUUUCACUUUCUUAUGUUGAGACAAGAUUUAGUGAUUGAAGAUAAAGGUUUUUACUUUGAUAUGUUCGUAUUUUAUUUGCAGUCCUAAAUCAUUUGU